GGAGGGCGGCUCGGCCCCCGCGACGUCACUCUCCUCUCCGCUCGGCCAAUCACGGCGUUGGAUGUCCCUGUACAAUACCCCGGGUCUUCCGCCUCUGUCUCAGGUGAACGGGACGGUUCCUCGGGAAGUCUUCUCUCCAGACCUGCAGCCUCCUUCCUUUGUCCAUCAUGAUGGCGAACGGCUCAGCAGACAUCUUGAGCUCUGCCUACCUUGCAGUGGAGUAUGUCGACGCGGUGUUACCCGAGAACCCCCUCCAGCCGUCCCUGGAACAUGCGUGGGGCUACAUGAUGGACAACUACACCAAGUUCCAGAUUGCCACCUGGGGGUCGCUCAUCGUCCACGAGUUCAUCUACUUCUUCUUCUGUCUGCCUGGUUUCAUCUUCCAGUUCCUGCCCUUCAUGCAGAAAUACAAGAUCCAGCAGGACAAACCAGAGACCUGGGAGAAACAGUGGAGAUGUUUCAAGAUGUUGCUGUUCAACCAUUUCUGCAUCCAGCUGCCACUGAUCUGUGGGACGUACUACUUCACCGAGUUCUUCAACAUCCCGUACGACUGGGCCUCCAUGCCACGCUGGCCGUACGUCCUGCUUCAGUGCUUCGGUUGCGCUGUGGUUGAAGACACCUGGCACUACUUCCUCCAUCGCCUGCUGCAUCACCGCAGGGUCUACAAGUACAUCCACAAGGUCCACCACGAGUUCACCGCUCCGUUCGGCAUGCAGGCCGAAUACGCCCAUCCAGCUGAGACCCUCAUCCUGGGAGCUGGUUUCUUCAUCGGCAUCAUGCUCUUCUGCAACCACGUGUUCUUCCUCUGGGCCUGGGUGUCUUUCCGCCUGCUGGAGACCAUCGACGUCCACAGCGGCUAUGACAUCCCCUGGAACCCUCUCCACCUCAUCCCAUUCUACGCCGGCACCCGUUUCCACGACUUCCACCACAUGAACUUCACGGGGAACUACGCCUCCACCUUCACGUGGUGGGACAAGGUGCUGAACACCGACAACCAGUACAACAAACACCUGGUGAAACAGGGAAUCAAGAAGGAGGAGUAAACCGCUCACACCUGUGUUCACACUCCUCCUGUGUGGGGAGGAGGGAGUGAGUGUCACAGUGAGCACACACACACAGAUUGUGUCAGUGCACAAUCAAACACACACACACACACACACACACACUAAAGGUGUACUUUAAAUGAAUAGUCUCUGCUGUGAUUUGGAUUCUGAGUCAGCCUGCCUGUUGUCUUCAGUCCACCCUCUGUGCCUCUCUGUGAAAACAGCUGUUGUUGUUGUGUGCUGCUCGCUGAAUAAAAACCAUCAACAUCCUCA